AUGCAGUUCUUCUAUCUUGUUGGUUUCAUCUCCGCCCUGGGAUUUGCCUCUGCCCUACCAAACCCUGGAGAUCCAAAGCAUGAUGUUGUCGAUGAGGACUCCUGGUCCUUGCCUCUCAUCUGGUCAGCCCGUAUCCCAGGGAACGCACUCAAAAAGCGUGGGACCGCCAAUGCCGAUGUGAAGUGUUAUAGCCGCACCUAUUACCGCAAUGACGGAACUUCCCAACAUCAAUAUGUCGAAGUCGUUUGCUACUAG